AUGGGUUUAUUGAGCCAUGGUUUUGUUUCAUGGUUGCAUGGGGUUUUGUUUCUAUGUAUCCUGGUUCUUUGCAGGGCAGACGUCCAUCGUUACGAGUUCUUUGUGCGAGAGUCAAACUUCACAAAGCUGUGCAACACAACAACUUUGCUGGUCGUAAAUGACAGUUAUCCUGGGCCUGAGAUUCGGGUUCGCAGAGGUGACACUGUCUACGUUAAUGUCCAUAAUCAAGGAAACUAUGGCUUUACCAUUCAUUGGCAUGGUGUGAAACAACCAAGAAAUCCAUGGUCGGAUGGCCCUGAGUUCAUAACGCAGUGUCCGAUUCAACCAGGAACAAACUUCACUUAUGAAGUUAUAUUAUCUGACGAAAUAGGAACUCUGUGGUGGCAUGCCCACAGUGACUGGACUCGUGGCUCCGUCCAAGGUGCCUUCGUCAUUUUACCGGCUGAGAACGAAACUUAUCCAUUUCCCGCUCCAGACGCGGAUCAAACAAUCAUACUUCAAUCAUGGUAUAACGGAGACUACAAGCAAAUCAUCGAUCAAGCACUUGCAACCGGUAUCCCUCCACGCCAACCAGAUGCUUACGCUAUCAAUGGACAUUUGGGAGACACAUAUGGAUGCCUCAAUGAUACAAUAUUCCGUAUGCAAGUUGAUUAUGAGAAGACAUACCUUCUGCGUAUAAUCAAUGCUGCAAUGAAUGAACCAAAAUUCUUCAGCAUCACAAACCACAGCCUUACACUCGUAGCACAAGAUGCUUCCUACGUUCAAAGGUUUACAAGCGACUAUAUUUUGAUAAACCCUGGACAAACCAUGGAUGUUUUGGUCUUUGCAAACCAAAACAUUGGCCAAUAUUAUAUGGCUACUAGGCCUUUCUCUGAUUCUGCAGCUAUGCCUGUUGACUUUAUCACUACUGGUGUUUUUCAAUAUACAAACAGUAUGGGUGGACUGAAUGCUUCUCUGAUAACACUGCCCACAAGAAACGAUGCAAAUGCUACAAAUAACUUUGUCAGCCGUAUUAGGAACGCAAACGUCACUCAAAAUCCACCAUUGAAUGUGCCGACAGAUAUUGAUAGACGAGUCUACGUCGCAAUCGCCACAAACAACAUGCCUUGCAACACCUCAGAAUGUCUUAUGCCUAAUAGGAUUGUCGCAAGUUUGAACAAUGUCAGCUUUGUUUUCCCACGUAUUGACAUCCUCCAAGCAUACUACAACAGUAGCACCAAUGGUAUUUUCACAGAAGAUUUUCCCCUUGAUCCACCUGUAUUCUAUGACUUCACUGGAAACUUGACUGAUCUCAAUCCGAGAGUUAAUCUAGGGACAAGGGCUGUUGUGCUAAAUUACGGUGAAGCAGUUGAGAUUGUGCUCCAAGCAACUAAUCUUGGUGCUGGUGGAAGUCACCCAAUUCAUUUGCACGGUUUUAGUUUUUAUAGGGUCGGAACUGGUUUUGGAAAUUUUAACAAUGUGACUGACCCAAGCACUUACAACCUGGUUGAUCCACCACUCAUUAACACUGUCCACGUCCCCGGUAGUGGAUGGGUUGCCCUCAGAUUUUUUGCAACAAAUCCUGGUAAGUUUUCGUCUUUGUUGAAGAAAAUUAGAAAACUCUUCUGCCAUCUUUCUGUAACAAAGUAGGUUAUUAAUUCAUAUGAAUGAUGUAUAUUUUUUUCAGGGGUAUGGUUUAUGCACUGUCAUUUGGAAAGGCAUAGUAGCUGGGGAAUGGACACUGUUUUCAUUGUGAGGAAUGGAACCACCGCAGAAACAAGCAUCCUUCCACCACCAGCCGGCAUGCCUCGUUGUCCUGGAACCUAGAAGUAGGAUAACUGGACAAGUAGUUUAUGUAUCUAUAUUUUUUAACAAACGAAUGAAUGCAUCAAAUUUUAUUUGAAAUACUUUAAAUAAGGUUCUCAUUCGGAAAUGUAACU